GAGGCGGCGCUGCCUCAGUCAUGGCGGGGCUGGCGCUGGUGGCGGGGCUGCUGGCGGCUGCGCUGCGGGCUGCGGCUGAGCCCUGUCCCUCCCCCACCAUCGUCCCCUCCUAUUACACCACAUCCGAUGCCGUCAUCUCCUCCGAGAGCGUUUUCCUGGUGGAAAUCUCCUUGGUCUGUCAAAACGGAGCUCAGAACGUAGCUCUUUACGCCGACGUCAACGGCAAGCAGUUCCCUGUCACCCGUGGCCAGGAUGUGGGGAGGUACCAGGUUUCUUGGAGCUUGGAGCACCGGAACGCCCACUCGGGAACCUACGAGGUGAAGUUUUUCGACGAGGAAUCAUACAGUGCCCUGAGAAAGGCUCAGAGGAACAACGAGGACGUGUCCCGCAUCCAGCCUCUCUUCACUGUCAACGUUGACCACAGGGGUGCUUGGAACGGGCCCUGGGUGUCAACAGAGGUUGUAGCAGCUGCCAUCGGGCUCCUGGUUUAUUAUUUGGCUUUCAGCACCAAAAGCAGCAUCCAGGCAUAAGACCCCCCCCCCAAAAAAAAAAA